CUAUCACGCUUAAAUUCACCGCCUCUGCUGCCUGCGGUCUGUCAGACAAAUGUUCAGAUGGAGAGAAGCUUCUGUCUGCAAACACUAAACUUCACAGAGCACUGCUGCCUUUCUAAGGUUGUUUAAAGCGUCAAGGGCGGAAAAACAAAACCUCCUCCUCUGCCUCCUCCUCCCCACUGCCAACCCAUCUUUCCUCCGGAGGAAAAGGGGCAGUCGGUGUGUUGCUGCGGUGGAGGAAACACAGGAGGUGUCUCCAAACGUCUGACAAAUCUCAUCACAUCAUCCUGAGGCUUCCAGGUGUUUGCUCGGAUACUUGAGUGGAGGUCAGCCGGUGAUAAUUCGCAGCCAUGUCGCCGUUUCUACGGAUUGGGUUCUCCAACUUCGAGAUCGAUCCUGGCCUGGCCUACCAUGAAGAGGUGCUGAAUCCUUACUGCGCUGUUUACAUGAAGGAGGCCAUUGACACAGAAAAGGGUCAAGUGUACAAGCAGAAGAAGCCGACCAUGUACCCGCCAUGGAGCACCACGUUCGAUGCCCACGUCCAUCGCGGGCGAAUCAUGCACGUGAUGGUGAAGGACCGGACGGCAGAGCUAAAGUCUGAGGCCACGGUGGCUCUGGAUUCACUGGCGACUCGCUGCAAGAAGGAGAACGGCAAGCUGGAGAUCUGGUUGGAGCUGAAGCCACAGGGUCGCAUUCUGAUGGAGGCCAGGUACUACUUGGAGAAAAGCGACGCUGCAGGUCAGUCUGGAGGAGAACCGGAGUCGGAACGGGAGCGAGACGGUCUGUUCACCCUCCACCACCGGCGCGGCGCCAUCAAACAGGCCAAAGUUCACGUUGUCAAAUGUCACGAGUUCAGCGCCACGUUCUUCCCUCAACCGACCUUCUGUUCCGUCUGCAAAGAGUUCGUCUGGGGUCUGAACAAGCAGGGCUACCAGUGCAGACAAUGCAACGCAGCGAUCCACAAAAAAUGCAUCGACAAAGUGAUCGCCAAAUGCACUGGUUCAGCCAUAAACAGCAAAGAAACAAUGAUCCACAAGGAGCGCUUCAAGAUCGACAUGCCCCACAGGUUUAAAGUCUACAACUACAAAAGUCCCACCUUCUGUGAACACUGCGGGACUCUGCUGUGGGGUCUCGCCAAGCAGGGGCUCAAAUGUGAGGAAUGCGGCAUGAAUGUCCACCACAAAUGCCAGAAGAAAGUAGCCAACCUCUGUGGGGUCAACCAGAAACUGAUGGCUGAAGCUCUGGCCAUCAUCGAGAGCAAACAGCAGGAAAGAAGCACCAAAGAGACGGACAUCAUUGGUCGAGAAGGUCCGGUGACUGUCAGCCAGCCAGGAAUGGUCCGAGCCCCGUCGGGUUUAGUAAUGGGUUUACCUGCUGUCGCUACACCUGCAAAUAAAGAUGCACAGGGGAUUUCAUGGGAGGGACCAACAGACAUCAGCAGGACGGUUACCGAGGCGUCAACAGAAGAACCUCUGUAUGCCGUUCCAAGGAAGGACCACCAGCCCAAAUUCAUCAUUGAUGACUUCGUUCUGCACAAGAUGCUCGGGAAAGGCAGCUUCGGCAAGGUGUUUUUAGCCGAGUUGAAAAAGACCGGCAAGUUCUUUGCUGUGAAGGCCCUGAAGAAAGACGUGGUCCUGAUGGACGACGACGUGGAGUGCACCAUGGUGGAGAGGAGGGUUUUGUCUUUAGCCUGGGAGAAUCCUUUCCUCACCCAUCUUUACUGCACCUUCCAGACCAAGGAAAACCUGUUCUUUGUGAUGGAGUAUCUGAACGGAGGUGAUCUCAUGUUUCACAUCCAAAACUGCCACAAGUUCGACUUACACAGAGCCACCUUCUAUGCAGCUGAGAUCAUCUGUGGGCUCCAGUUCCUGCACUCUAGAGGAAUUAUUUACAGAGAUCUGAAGCUGGAUAAUGUACUUUUAGACUCAGACGGUCAUAUAAAGAUAGCAGACUUUGGCAUGUGUAAGGAGAACAUGCAGGAUGACUCGCGGACCUCCACCUUCUGUGGAACCCCCGACUACAUCGCCCCUGAGAUCCUGCUGGGGCAGAAGUACAACAGCUCAGUGGACUGGUGGUCGUUCGGGGUGCUGCUAUAUGAGAUGCUGAUUGGUCAGUCUCCGUUUCACGGUCGUGAUGAAGAGGAGCUGUUUCAGUCCAUACGAACAGACAACCCUACUUAUCCUCAAUGGCUCAGCAAAGCUGCCAAGGACAUACUAGUCAAGCUGUUUGUGAGGGAACCUGAGGAGCGACUGGGCGUGAAAGGAAACAUCAGACAGCACAGUUUCUUUAGCAGCACCGACUGGAACGCUCUGGAACAACGACAGGUUGCGCCGCCCUUCAGACCAACUUUAACGUCACCCAGCGACUGCAGCAACUUCGACAAAGAGUUUAUCAACGAGAAACCGCGACUAUCGUGUGCCGACCGCACGCUCAUCAACAGCGUGGACCAGACGAUGUUCAGAAACUUCUCCUUCGUUAACCCGGGGAUGGCUCGCGUCGCAGCACGCUGACCGUCCGACCAAAAACCUACGAACAAGCUGCUCGGUCACAACCAGCACUUGAACUGUCACCAAAACAAAACGCACAGACUUUAGACUGAAAGUCACAAAACUCAACCGUAUCCACAAACACGACGACGAUAACCACUAAGAGGUGACCAGGGUGAUGGACACAACUGUGACUGGAUCAUGAGCUUUCACACAAAACACACAUUAAAUAUCUUUCAAAAGCAGCCACACAACAAAUAUGAAAUGAUACAUAUGAAAAUGCACCUAUAGUCAAUUGUGAUUCGUCUGCAAAUAAGUCAACUAGAAGCAAAAGUGUAAUAAUAAUAGUGUGUAAUUGGUUUGUCAUAAAACAACCCACAUGUUGUACACCAAAUAUUCAAAAACAAAAAAAUAUUACUGGGGUGUGUUUAUCAGUAGGAAAUGUGCUUGUAAUAAAUUCAUGGUGCCUCAUAAUACUCUACGAAGCUCCUGCCUUCAAGUAAAGCAAACUGCAAAAUUUGGACACACCAAAUUUGUCCUAUUUCUUUCUUUGUUCCUGUGUACUAUUCCAUAGCAUACCCUGAUGUUUUUUGGGUACUAAUGUUAAAAAAAAACACCUGCUCUGUGUAAAUAACUGUAAUCUAAUUAUAUUGAUAUAUAUAGUGCCAUCAGCUGGCUGUAGAUCUGCUAAUGUACCAGGGUUAUUGUUUACAUGUGUGUUCCUAUUGUCUCUCAGGAGUUUUACUGAUGAUGUAUUUAGGUCCCUGCAUACUGUAGUUUCUAUUGUUAUUUUCAUUGUGAAUCCUGUACAAUAAAGUGUAUGUGUUUUUUUUUA